CCCAUGAGCCCUGACAGUGAAAAUAAUACGCUUCUCACCACAGCCACGGGAGACCGAAGGAGUAACUUCGGGCAAUUAGUUUAACAUUGACUAUAAAUAUUCCUUCUCAUUCCUUGUGACACCGUUAACAGCUCCGCUGGCAAAUCCCGAUUCUCUGGCAAUAUUUAAGCUGCCUGUCAGUUGGCGGAGGCUUGGUGGUGCCCGGCGCAGGGGACAGAAUGAGACCCAGCUGAGCGCAAUAUAUGCAUCAAGACGCAGCAGCAUAUAACUCCAGCCUGCAUAAGAAACCAUGGAGCCCACCAGCAGCACUCCAUCCUCUGCGUCCCCCCCGUGGGAUGUGUUUCCCCAGAAGACGCUGGACUCCAUAGACAUCGCUGUUCUUGUGCUGUACUUCCUAUUUGUCCUCGCCGUUGGGCUGUGGUCCAUGUGGAAGACGCAGCGCAGCACUGUAAAAGGCUACUUCCUAGCUGGAGGACAGAUGGUUUGGUGGCCUGUGGGCGCAUCCCUGUUUGCCAGCAAUGUCGGAAGCGGCCACUUCAUCGGCCUGGCUGGGUCAGGAGCCGCCUCGGGAAUUGCCGCGACAGCCUACGAGUGGAACGGGAUGUUUUGUGUUCUGGUGCUGGCCUGGCUAUUCCUUCCCAUUUACAUAGCAGCAGGAGUCACUACCAUGCCUGAGUACUUGCAGAAACGUUUUGGAGGCAAAAGAAUUCAGAUGUUCCUGGCGAUUCUCUACUUGUUUAUCUAUAUCUUCACCAAAAUAUCAGUCGAUAUGUACGCUGGGGCCCUCUUCAUCCAGCAAGCCUUACACUGGGACCUGUAUAUCGCUGUGGCAGGCUUGCUGGCCAUCACAGCCGUUUACACCGUCGCGGGUGGCCUGGCUGCCGUGAUAUACACAGACGCUCUGCAAACUCUCAUCAUGCUGAUCGGGGCUGUGACUCUCAUGGUCUUCAGCUUUGUUGAAGUUGGCGGUCUCGAAGGUUUGCAGACAAAAUACUUUCAUGCCAUUCCCAGCACCCGCAAGGAAAACAGUAGCUGCGGCUUGCCAAGAGAAGAUGCUUUCCACAUUUUUCGGGACCCUGUUAACUCUGACCUUCCCUGGCCGGGAGUUUUGGUGGGAAUGACCAUCCCGUCCCUGUGGUACUGGUGUACAGAUCAGGUCAUCGUUCAGAGGUCCCUUGCUGCUAAAAACCUCUCUCAUGCCAAAGGAGGCUCCUUGAUGACUUCCUACUUGAAAAUUUUACCCCUCUUUAUGAUGGUAAUGCCGGGCAUGAUCAGCCGGAUUCUCUUCCCAGAUCUGGUGGCUUGUGCAGAUGCGGAAAUUUGCCGAAAAAUCUGUGGCAACCCGUCUGGCUGUUCCGAUAUUGCUUAUCCUAAGCUGGUCAUAGAGCUUCUGCCUGUAGGACUCAGGGGCCUGAUGAUGUCAGUGAUGAUAGCAGCUCUCAUGUCCUCCCUGACUUCCAUCUUUAAUAGUGCCAGCACCAUUUUCACCAUGGACCUCUGGAAACACUUCCGUCCUCGUUGCUCCGAGUGGGAGCUCAUGAUCGUUGGCAGGGUCUUUGUGCUGCUGCUCACUGUGGUCUCCAUCCUGUGGAUCCCACUGGUACAGGCUGGCCAGGGAGGGCAGCUCUUUAUUUACAUCCAGUCGAUCAGCUCCUACCUGCAGCCCCCCGUGGCAAUGGUGUUUAUACUGGGAUGCUUCUGGAAAAGAGCAAAUGAAAAGGGCGCCUUCUGGGGCCUGGUGACGGGGCUGCUGCUGGGCGUCAUUCGGCUGGUGCUGGACUUCAUCUACCCAGAGCCCCAGUGCGGCGAGGCCGACCUCCGACCAGGCGUGGUGAAGUACAUGCACUAUCUCUACUUCUCCAUGGUCCUGGCCGCCGUCUCCACGCUCACGGUGCUGGUCGUGAGCGCGCUCACAGAACCCCCCUCGGAAGAAAUGGUGCGUCACCCCUUCAGAUUUCUUUUGUUAUUUGUAAACGGUUUCCAGCAUGCCCCACGUUACAUCCAUGGGAAUAAUGUGGGGAUAAAUAAUCUGGAAAUGGAAGUUUCCAUUCAUUCUUUAUUUGUGAUCACACUUGCAAUAACCUGUAGCUGCAGUCCCCUCUCUGCUCCAGCGCCCUGCUGCCAUUUAAGAUUUUGGUCCCAUAAAUCCAGAGUCCCACCCUGGAAAUUGGUCAACAGUAGAUGCUACAAAGAGUUGUUCUUAAGUUUCAAACAUGUGUGUUUAACCCGUGACAAAUUAGCUUUUUCCCUCUAUUUUCCAAGAAAUUCCAGCUUCUGGGUCAUCUUUAUCAACUCUCUUACUAAUUUAGUGAGGAACCAUUUUUACUCGCAGAAAAGAGAAAUCAAGGGCAGAGAGCACACUUCCUCUGGAACAGGUUUGUGCCAGUUUGACUAUUUUCAAUAGAUAUCCUGAGGCUACAGAAAAACAUUAAUAGCAGAAAGGAGGGCCAGAGGGACCUUCAGAAAUCAUACAGCCAGCGCAUGCUCUUGCUUCAAGACAGGACUAACCUGACACAUUCUGAAAGACCUGGUGAACCCAGGGAGGAUGCCCAGGGAGGUGUGUGAUCAAAUCGAGAGCUCACCCGCCCUCCCAGCGGCAGUUUUGCCUCAUCUCCAGCCCGAAUCUUUCCAGCUUCAUGUUGUGCUCGUCCCUUCCUGUCCGCCCUAUCGCUGAUAUUGAGAACAUUCCUCUUUAAUGAGUCUCUUACAGAUUUGAAGAUAAUUAUCAUAUCUCCCACCUGUCUUCUCUUCUCUCAGCAACCCCAGUUCUUUGAACCAUUCCUCCCUGGCCGCAAUUUCCAUUCUUUCGCUCCCUUCACUGACCCGCUCUCAGUCUGCAUCCAGUGACGGUCCCGUGCAGAACUGUCUCCUCCUCAGUAACGGUGAAGAACGCCGUCCUUCCGAGAGCGUAGCUGUACAAGCAGCUGUCGUGUUCCAGACAAAACUAAACCCAACAUGCCUGUGGUAGCCGUGGCUUCUGUAGUUACCAGCUGAGCACUUUGCUGUUCACCCGCUCCAGCAGAGUGGGAGAACAGAUUUCAGCCUCUCUAAGUAUUCUCUCUGCAGGCUGCUCUACGGCUCAGGUAGUCCUUUAAACAACCAUGAAAGCAGUUUUCUUUAACACCGCUCUUCAUGCCAUCAGAUAAGUCGGCUUACCUGGUUCACACGUGGGGAUCUACCAGUCAAGAAAGACCUAGCAGUCAGCCCUUCCCCUGAUGCUGCAAAAGGAGUGUGUGAAGCUGAGCGCCCAGCUCUCCAGAUUGAUAUAAGCAUUGCUUCUGAAAA